CUUAGUUUUGCAUGUUCCCAUCCAUCCUGCACGACGCGAAAGGGCCCCUUAUCCACCUCUCCUGUGUACUAGGAACACCUCCACUGGUGAUCAGCCUUUGCCUGUGUUUGUCUUGUGGAGAAGCAGCAGCACCUUUUCAGGAGUGGGUUUUUUAUUCAACAAGAAGUCCUGAAGGUUUUGGAUGCGGUGCUUCAGGGAUGUGGGCACUUUGAGAGCAGCAUCACCCACAAACACAAACAACUGCCAUCGAUUUUUCUGUGAAUAGCACAAAAAAAAAAAGAAAAAGAAAAAAAAACAGAGGAACAAUAGCAACACAAAAAAAUCUUGUCUAUUGAACAAUUCACUUUUCCAGUCUGUGGAUACCGCUCUAACUAAGUACAGCACUUUGAGAAUUGUUCACAUCGGACGGACUGAAGAGGGAGGCAAGACCUGUGGACCGGGUUUUCCCUCGCAAGUCUGAAUCGGCUCUCGCUACUUAUCCCGUGAAAAAAAAAAACCCUGAAGGAUAACACGCUUGGACGUUUAUUUGCCUAAUUUCGCAGGAGGCUCUUUUUCACGCAAAUUGUCCUAAAUGUUUGGGAUUCAGGAAACUAUACCGCGGGGUGGGACGACGAUGAAGGAGGAACCGCUGGGUGGACUGAACUCGGUCCGCUCCUGGAUGCACACAGCUGGGGUGGUGGAUGCAAACACAGCCGCCCAAAGCGGUGUCGGCUUGGCACGGGCACAUUAUGAAAAGCAGCCCCCUUCCAACCUCAGAAAAUCCAAUUUUUUCCAUUUCGUCCUGGCGCUGUAUGACAGACAGGGUCAGCCCGUGGAGAUCGAAAGGACAGCUUUUGUGGACUUUGUGGAGAAAGAAAAAGAACCAACCAGUGAAAAAACUAACAAUGGGAUACAUUACAAACUACAGUUAUUGUACAGCAACGGCGUCAGAACAGAACAGGAUCUUUACAUACGGUUAAUCGAUUCCAUGACGAAGCAGGCCAUAGUUUAUGAGGGUCAAGACAAGAAUCCAGAAAUGUGCAGAGUUCUUCUUACUCAUGAAAUUAUGUGCAGCCGAUGCUGUGACAAGAAAAGCUGUGGAAACAGGAACGAGACUCCCUCAGACCCAGUGAUCAUUGACAGAUUCUUCCUAAAGUUCUUUCUCAAGUGCAAUCAGAACUGUCUGAAGAAUGCAGGGAAUCCACGAGACAUGCGCAGAUUCCAGGUUGUCGUAUCGACGACCGUCAAUGUGGACGGCCAUGUCUUGGCUGUCUCUGACAACAUGUUUGUACACAACAAUUCCAAGCAUGGGCGAAGGGCUCGCAGACUCGACCCUUCAGAAGGUACGCCUCCUUAUCUGGAGAAUGCAGCCACCCCAUGCAUCAAGGCUAUCAGUCCCAGUGAGGGAUGGACCACUGGAGGUGCCACUGUCAUCCUCAUAGGGGACAACUUCUUCGAUGGCCUACAAGUUGUGUUCGGCACCAUGCUUGUAUGGAGUGAGCUCAUAACUCCCCACGCCAUCCGUGUCCAGACUCCACCUCGGCACAUUCCCGGUGUUGUGGAAGUAACGCUGUCCUACAAGUCCAAGCAGUUCUGCAAAGGCGCCCCUGGAAGAUUCGUCUAUACCGCCCUGAAUGAGCCAACCAUCGACUAUGGGUUCCAGAGGCUGCAGAAGGUCAUCCCCAGACACCCCGGCGACCCUGAGAGGUUACCAAAGGAGGUGUUACUGAAGAGGGCGGCUGAUCUCGUUGAAGCCCUGUAUGGAAUGCCUCACAACAAUCAGGAGAUCAUUCUGAAGAGGGCAGCUGACAUCGCAGAGGCCCUGUACAGCGUUCCCCGCAACCACAACCAGAUCCCCUCUCUCGCUAACACAGCCUCCCACGGCAUGAUGGGAGUCAACUCCUUCAGCAGCCAGCUAGCAGUCAAUGUGUCUGAGUCACAAGGAAAUGACCAAGUGGGUUACAGCCGGAACACCAGCAGCGUGUCCCCCAGGGGCUACAUCUCCAGCAGCACCCCACAGCAGUCGAGCUACAACACCGUCAGCAACAGCAUGAAUGGCUACGGCAAUGCCGGUAUGAACCUGGGAGUGCCAAGCUCCCCUGGGUUCCUCAACGGAUCCUCUGCCAACUCCCCAUAUGGAAUUAAACAAAAGAGCGCCUUCGCCCCUGUGGUCCGACCCCAGGCCUCCCCACCCCCCUCCUGCACCAGCGCCAACGGCAACGGACUGCAAGGUGAGCCCCCCUCACCCCCUCAUCCCUUCCCUACGGACUACUGGUCAGAUACCGCUGCUCAGGCCUCUGUCCGGUUUGCCAUGUCCGGCCUAGUUGUCCCUCCAAUGUAAAUGCACUUUCGUCAUCUCAAGCACCAGUCUACACACUACCACUUCACAGGGCACCCCCUCAGCACACUGCAAAAGGCUGGUGCAAUGUAUAGUCCACCGCUUGUUCUGUUUUUAAAGACGAAGAAAAAAAAGAAAGAAAAGAAAGACUUUUUUUGAUUUUCAUUGACUUUCACAGCCUGCAGAAAAAAAAGGAUUUCAUGACGAACAAUAUUUUUUUUCUGUGGGAUUUUUUUUGUUUAUUCCCCCACCCUCCUCCCAUUUUAUCACCCUUGAAGAGGACACAGGAUGAUGAAGUGUUUAUUUUGUAUACCUGUCGGGUUGCGCUUCGGUCUCGGAUUUGUCCAAUCAACCACACGCUCAAUACUGGAAGGGACUCUGUGGACUCACCAUCUGGUUGUAAAGUAAAAACACUGAUGUACAGUACAUUUGCCAAUGAACUUGUUUGCCUCAGAAAUUGUUUUCUGUUUCAACUCUCUUUUAAUAGAUUCACAACAGUUGUGUGUCUUUAUAAUGUGACUUUUUUGUAUUUUUAUGUGUGAGAAAAAUACACAGGGGCCAAGACAGUUUGAAUUUCAACUGGAAAAUAUAUGAGAUAUAUAAUGUAGAAAAUCGAUCAUAAAAGUACAACAAA